UCCCACGACACAGUUCAAUGCACACUGUAUUGUGAUUUUUUCCCCAACCCAAGCAUCCUGUUCCGAGGAUUCCCGACGCCCUAUCCACCGUCCAUGGCGACCCCGACCGUCGUCUUGGUGCCCGUGUGGGGCACCGGCCACCUCAUGUCCCUGCUCGAGGCCGGCAAGUGGCUGGUCGGCCGAGCCGGCCGCGCGAUCUCUCUCACCGUGCUCGUCAUGCGCCCGCCCACGGAGCAGCUCGCGGCCGAGGUCGAGGGCCAUGUCCGCCGGGAGGAGGGAUCCGGCCUCGACGUCCGCUUCGUCCACCUUCCAGCCGUGGAACCCCCGACGGACUACGCCGGCAUCGAGGAGUUCGUCUCCCGGUUCGUGCAGAUGCACGCGCCGCACGUCCAGGCGGCGAUUUCCAGCUCGGCGUCCCUGGUGGCCGCGGUCGUCCUCGACUUCUUCUGCACAACGUUUAUCGACGUGUGCCGCGACCUCGCCGUGCCGGCCUACGUCUACUUCACCUCCAACGCCGCGACGCUGGCGCUGAUGCUGCGCCUGCCGGCGCUCCACGAGGAGGUGACGGUCGAGUUCGAGGAGAUGGAGGGCGCCGUGGACAUGCCGGGCCUGCCGCCGGUGCCGCCGUCCUCGCUCCCGACGCCGGUGAUGGACAAGAAGAACCCGAACUACACGUGGUUCGUGUACCACGGCAGGCGCUUCGCGGAGGCCGACGGCAUCAUCGUCAACACGGCCGCCGAGCUCGAGCGGAGCACGCUUGCUGCCAUCGCCGACGGACGAUGCACGCCCGGAGUUCGUCCCCCGACGGUGUAUCCGGUUGGCCCCGUGAUAUCGUUCGCGUCACCCCCUGACCCUGAGCAGCCGCACGAGUGCGUGCGGUGGCUCGACGCGCAGCCCCCGGCCUCCGUGUCGCUCCUCUGCUUCGGCAGCCAAGGCUUCUUCGCCGCGCCGCAGGUGCACGAGAUUGCCCGCGGCCUGGAGCGCAGCGGCCACCGCUUCCUGUGGGUGCUGCGCGGCCCGUCAGCGCCCGGCGCGAUGCGCCCAACGGACGCGAACCUCGCCGAGCUGCUCCCCGAAGGGUUCCUCGAGAGGACCAAGGACAGAGGCCUGGUGUGGCCGACGUGGGCGCCGCAGAGGGAGAUCCUCGCCCACGCCGCCGUGGGGGGUUUCGUCACGCACGGAGGGUGGAACUCCACCCUCGAGAGCCUGUGGCACGGCGUGCCGCUGGCGCCGUGGCCGCUGUACGCCGAGCAGCACCUGAACGCGUUCAUCCUGGUGGCCGCAAUGGGCGUCGCCGUAGCGAUGAAGGUGGACAGGAAGCGGGACAACUUCGUGGAGGCCGCGGAGCUGGAGCGCGCGGUGAGGGAGCUGAUGGGCGGCGGCGAGGAGGGGAGGAAGGCGAGGGAGAAGGCCAUGGAGAUGAAGGCCGCGUGCAGGAACGCCGUGGAGGAGGGUGGCUCGUCCGACUCGGCGCUGCGCAGGCUAGCAGAGCAGCUUUACAAAGGCGCAGUGGUCAGCACGAGCAAAUGACGACGAAACGAGAGAGGCAUGCCGCAUGUAAUGCGUUCUUCGAUGCUCCCUCCGUUCAGGAGGCAUUGUUACCAUUUUAAAAUGACAACAUAUUAGAUGCAAAUCAAUUUCUCUGUGCAAACUAUAAAAACUUCAAUUUGAACCAUCAAAUCAACAUCCAAGGAGAGGGACGCAGAGAGGUAGGAGGGGAGAUUUAUAAUUACCCAAUCCAAGGGCGAGUCCAACUUGUAAAAUUACUCAAUCCCCCGUACCCCUUGGAUGUUGAUCCAAUAACUAAGAUUGAAGUUUUCAUA